AUGCUUCUUCGGAAAAUCCUUGAAAGAGGUUUUUCCGGCGUGCAUGCUUUUCUAUGCGGAGCUCCGGAGAAACAAUGUUCCUUGGAUCAACGGUCUCGCAGCCGCUGUUCACGUGACGAUCAGUUUCUGCUUCGAGAAAAAACUACCAAGAGCCACUUUACUCUAGAUGAACAAACGGAAGUAAGUAAAGCUGAUAUAUCAUUCCAAUUUAAGCCAGUGGAAAUUUAUUCUAUUUGCUGCUUGUGUCGGACGCUCUUUGUUGAUAAAGGUUUUUACGGUUGGCUUACUAUGUCACCAGAAAAAUCAGGCCAUGCCAAGAUGAUGGUUCUAUCGAUGAAUGCUUCUACGAAGCGAUUGACGACAAGUAAAGGGCGAGUUUCAAGAGCAUGUGAAUUUUGCAGAUCAAAGAAGAAAAAAUGCGAUGGACAGCAACCGUGUGAUCUGUGUAAACUUGUGGGGAAAGUGCCAUGUGUCUAUCUGAAUAGGAAAAAUAGUCGCCAGGUUCGUCCUAAUGUCAAGAAACCCGUUGUAACAAGAGAAGCACUUUUGCCUUUGCCCGAGAAGGAAACUGCUAUAAAAUUGAUCCAUAAGACGUGGGACAAUGUGUGUGUUUUGUUUCGAUUCCUUUAUAGACCGGCGGUGAUUGAGAUCUUGAGUUCGCUAUACGAAGUGAAUGAUCCUGCUAAUUACACUGAAAAGCAAAUAAAGGCGCAGCCGCUAAUUUACUCGGUUAUAGCUGUUGGUGCACUUUUCGCCAAGGAAGAUUUAGAGCAAAGUGAUGUAGCUGCUCGAGAUUUCUAUCAGGAGGAAAGUUACAAGUAUUUCCUGACGGCCAAAUCACUGGUUGAUAUUGCCAAUGUGAACGAAAUUUAUGCUAUGCAGACUAUGUUCAUGUUGACCAUGUUUCUUCAAUGUUCUGCAAAUUUGAAAACUUGUUAUUCUUACAUCGGAAUCGCUUUGCGAGCUGCGAUCAGUGAAGGUUUGCAUAGAAAGAAUUCACUCAUAGGUCCAACUCCGAUCGAGGACGAGACAAAGAAGAGACUUUUCUGGAGUGUCUAUAAAGUGGACUUGUAUAUGAACUGUAUUUUGGGUUUACCAAGAACACUUUCGGAAUCAGCGAUAAAUCAAGAACUACCGCGAGAUGUAGACGAUGAAAAGAUUACUACCAAGGGCAUCUUGGCCCAGGAUUGGGGAAAGAUUAGUAGUUGUGGUAUGAAUAACCAGCACACGAAGCUGAUGUUGGUAAUGGCAAGGAUUCAUGAAAGCUUGUAUCCUGUGUUGAAAUGGGACCAAGCUACUUAUGUCAAUAUCAUUAAUCUACAGGAUAAAUUGAACGAAUGGUUUAUUGAACUGCCCAUGCAAUUGAAACCCGAUUAUCAAUUUUUCAACGAAGAGGAAAGAAAUUAUUAUUUAAAACCAAACAAGCUGCUUUAUUUGGAUUAUUUGCUGGCCAAAAUUAUCCUUUACAAACCUUUUAUCCAUUAUUUGGCCAUCAACUCACCACUCUUCGAUUUCCAAAUUUCUAUGGCGAAUUACUGUAUCCAAGUGGCACAUGAAGUGAUUUCCCUUUCUAAUGAAAUGUUGAAUGAAAAUUUACUGAGUGGUAGUUAUUGGUUUUCUAUUCACACGAUUUUUUUUAGUGUGACAUGCUUGAUGUUUUAUCAACAUCUAAUAAAUCUUGGUUUGAUGUCCAAGGAUUCAAUGGACGUCGAGAGGGACUGUGAUUUGGGGAUUGAAAUUCUUUUGAAGUUGAAAAACUCUUCAGCUGUCGGUGAAAGAUCUUUCAAUGCUUUGAAUUCUAUUUUUAAGGAGUUCAACAAAAAAACGAUGGAACUUUACCAGCAGGUAAAGGAUAAUUUGGCGCAAAUUGUCAAAUCGGAAAUGUCGCAUGAAGAUACAUCAGAAAAUUCUUCGAGUGACGUGACCAGUCUUUCUACAGAUCAAGACGAAUACCUUGACCAGUUGCUACAGGAUUUUGACAUUCCAGUCAGCAAUAUUCUUCCUGAUUUCCAGAUGACUUCGUUUUUCCCACCUGUCAAUACAACCCAAGUAGCUGAAAAGACCGAUGGUUCAUGA